AUGACAGAUCUGGUGCAGGCGGAGAAACUGCGAGGUUUUGCCGAUCACCUGCAAGAGGACAGCUACUUCAGGGAUGAGACUGAGGGCAAGGUCAACAUUCGAGACGUGCUGACGGCAAAGACUACAAAAAUGGUGAACUACGACAUGCUGAAAUACCUUCAGAAGAAACCCGGCGAGAAGAAGCCUAUAUAUACAGGCAAGUUAACUCUCCUUACUUUAAUUUAUUUUCUGCUUACCUCACCUUUUCCUAUCUAUGAGCCAUCAUCUGUUUGGCGAUAACUCCACGCUAUCGCUCUCAAUGAUUAUUUUCUACUGUUGUUCCAGGACAAACACACCAACAAGUACCGACCGUUUAAAAUCAAUGAAAAGCCUUUUGUUAUCAUCUGGUCAAAACACUUCGGCCUCUUCCGGACUUCUGCCCGCCACCCCCUCAACUUCCUCCUGAUUAUGGAGCAGCCAGAUUACGCUAUGCACGAGUUUAACUGCACCACCAAUGACGAGGUUGUGCGCUGGCAAAAGGUAUUCACUGACGGUUUCGCCAAAUGUGGUCGCGGAAAGUGUGUCUCCAAAGAAAAACUCUGUAAGUUGAUCUUCCUGUUACUAGCCAGCCUCCUUUCCGCUCUCCGGCAUAUUUCAGUUGGACUAUCUACCUGA